ACUCCCGGCCCGGAAGUUCUUGAGUAGGAGACUCCACAUCCCGGGUGACCCGGGUUGGAGCUGCUGAUUCAAGUGGUCUCUCGUGUCCACCACUAUGGCCUGGACUAAGUACCAGUUGUUCCUGGCCGGGCUUAUGCUGGUCACCGGCUCCAUCAACACGCUUUCGGCAAAAGCCUCACUGUCCAGAUGCAACUAAGGUUCUCCAGGAGAAGAACCAAAGUCACACAGAUCCUCAGAGCUCCCUCCUAAGCUCCUGAGGCCCCGCCCCCAGCUCCUAGGGGUUGAAGAGCCUGCCAGCCAGGGAGGGUUUGUGAGCCUGACGCGCCUCCACCUGUGGCCACGAGACCCUGUGUGGCAUCACCAGGUCUCUGUUAGAGAAGCUCCCACUGUCUCUUCAGCACCUACCCUUUGGGUUCUAUGAACAGCUUGGCAUUGUUGCUUCAGUGUGACGACAGGCCCAGCUUGUGAGAGCCUGUCAGGAGGUCGGUGCCGUGGGAUGGAGAGAACGUCAGAUUUGGAAGCUGUGUGAUGAGAAUCUCUGCCCUGCUCCCCCACAAAACUACAGGAAGGUCUCCUUAUCAACAUCAACGAGAAUCCUCUCCUGGGGAAAUCACGGCCUUCUAAAGACCUCUGGAUGAGACAGAGAAACUGUCUCACUGUUGGACAACCUGUGCAUGCAGGAGGAAGUGGCACCAAUUAAGAAGUGACGGGAUAUUUCAGAGAUUUCUUCAGUUUCUGUCACUCCUGGGUGCACAACUUCUACAAUGCUGAGCUUUGAGUGUGGACAAGGAAAGCCUCCUACAAGUGACUCACUGCCCAGCAGACUUAGUCACCCCACAGCCUGCCUGCUGACAUUCCGGGAACCCUGAGAGAAGCUGGCCUCUGCCAGCUAAGGGUUUGCCCUCCUAGAGCUUCACAUUAAGGUGGGCCGACAACUUUGUAGCUGAGGGCUGUGGAGGAAGCCAGGAGCACAGCUUCAAGCAUCCCUUCGUCCAGGCAGUGGGCAUGUUCCUGGGAGAGUUCUCCUGCCUUGCUGCCUUCUACCUGCUCAAAUGCCAAGGCAGAAGACAGUCAGCCUCCAGUGUAGAGCCCCAGCAGCCCUUCAACACCCUGCUUUUCCUGCCCCCAGCCCUGUGUGACAUGACUGGGACCAGCAUCAUGUACGUGGCCCUGAACAUGACCAGUGCCUCAAGCUUUCAGAUGCUGCGGGGUGCAGUGAUCAUCUUCACAGGCCUGUUCUCAGUGGCCUUCCUGGACCGGAGGCUGGCACCAAGCCAGUGGCUGGGCAUCCUGAUCACUAUUGCGGGACUGGUGGUAGUUGGCCUAGCUGACCUCCUGAGCAAGCAUGACAGUCAACACAAGCUCAGUGAAGUCAUCACAGGUGACUUGUUGAUCAUCAUGGCCCAGAUCAUCAUUGCCAUCCAGAUGGUGCUAGAGGAGAAGUUUGUCUACAAACACAACAUCCACCCACUCCAGGCAGUAGGCAUCGAGGGCUUCUUCGGCUUCGUGAUCCUCUCGCUGCUCCUUGUGCCUAUGUUCUACAUCCCCACGGCCUCCUUUAGUGGGAACCCUCGCGGGGUGCUGGAAGACGCGCUGGAUGCCUUCUGCCAAGUGGGCCGACAGCCCCUGAUUGCCCUGGCUCUGCUAGGCAACAUCAGCAGCAUUGCCUUCUUCAACUUUUCGGGCAUCAGCGUCACCAAGGAACUGAGUGCCACCACCCGCAUGGUGCUAGACACCCUGCGCACCAUAGUCAUCUGGGCCUUUACCCUCGCACUGGGCUGGGAGAUCUUCUAUCCAUUGCAGAUCCUUGGUUUCCUCAUCCUCCUUAUGGGCACCGCCCUCUACAAUGGGCUGCACCGACCACUGCUAGCCUUCCUGUCCAGACGCUGGCGACUCCCUACCCAGGAGGGAGAGCAAGAGAGACUGCUAGGUGACAGUCGGACUCCCAUCAAUGAAGCCAGCUGAGCCCGCAGUGAGAUCUCUGCUGCCACCAGAUGGCUGAGGCCAUGCAGACUGGUGGGCUGUGGGUGCCCUGUCCCCAAGGCCUCACCCCACCCAUCCCUAAUGACCCCUCUGUGCGGCCGUUGCCAGAGAGGAUGGGAGGAUACCAGGUCUUGCUUUAAUCCUGAGGCCUGUAAUAUUGGGACCCAGCCCCCACAGGCCCAGAGAUGGCAACCACUCUCAGCCUCCAGUUCUGCUGCACUAGAACAAAAUUACGAGCUUGAAUGGCAAGAAUUCACAACCCUGGUAUUUCUGUUAUACACUAACUUGUCAUGGUAAAUUAUCUAGCCUAUGAACCAUACACUACAAAGAAGUCGGUGAACAGGUUCAAAUCAGAACUAAGAGACUAUUCUGCAGAGUUGGAAGAUACUCCUGAAGCCUGUCUAAAAACCUAGUUUCUGACCCAGCCGUGGCUUGGGGUGUGCACCAGGUCUGACUGCUCUGCAGCACAGGUGUGCAUAAUGUGUCUUUGGUGCCUUGCAGCCCCAACAUCCUAUGGCCUCUGAUUGUCACUAGCCUGAGAAAAGAGCAGCACACCUGUACCCCUUCUCCCCAUGGCGGGGGGGGGGGGGGGCUCUUUGGUAUUUUUGUUUUUAGCUUGAGGUUUUUGCCAUUACCUGUCCCUGACUGUGCUGAAACUCAUGGUGUAGACCAGGCUAACCUCCAACUCACAGAGAUUUAGCUUCUACUUCCUCAGUGAUGGAAUUAAAGGUGUGCAUCACCACGCCCAACACCUCCUUGAUGUUUUGACUUCCUUGAUGUUCUUCAUACCCUAAGGCCCCUCUGCCUGGAAAAAACAAAGGGGGAUUCCAGGCAGCCCAGGAAAUCGAUUCUGGAGCUUUUUUGUUUUUGUUUGUUUGUUUUGUUUUGUUUUGUUUUGUUUUUGUCUGAAGCAAAAGUCUUACUGUGUGGUACCAACAUUCAACUUCCUAUGUGGCCCAGAGCUGGCCUUAAACUCAGCCUUCCUGCCCAAGUACUGAGACUAUAGGAAGGUACCAACCCGACAGCAGAGCUUCUUCCAUUCUCAAGGAGACUGAAGCCUGGAGUUGUACCUUGUUUGGCAAGAGGGGUCUGUGCUUACUGCCAGCUUGGGCCAAAGACCUGAGAGGCCCCUGAUACAGGCAGCUGCAUAACACUGUAUUAGAGAAACUCAGAGCCAGUGUGGCCCCGCUCCCAGGAUCCAGACCCAUAGCAUCCACAGGAUGACAGACUUAGCAGAUGUCUUCCUCACUCGGUAAUCUGACAUCCCCAGCAUUAGGUUAAAUGCUUCACCCUCACUCCCUCUCAUGAUGUCUGCAGAGGCAAGUGCAGAGGGAAAAACCGCCCCACCCAGCAGGUGUGACAAAUUCCACUACUAUGCAGAUCUCUGUGGGCCUUUGGGGUGGAUUUCUAGGGCUGGGCUAAAGACCUAACACACUGUUACCCUGCAGAGGCUGUUACCCUGAACAGAAGAAAUGCAGUCGGAAGGAGCCUUGGAGCUCUGGCAGCCCUUAAUCACAGCAUUGCUUAUGAGAAUGGCUGAGUGGCCACUCACUAGUAAAACACUAACAGCUUUCUUUGUGAGGGGAAGGGGCUCUUGAUGAGCUAAGCCCUCAGUUUAAUUUGAUUGCAAAAGAUUCUAAAGAUAUGUCAAGGAAGGAAGGAACUCUUCAAUUCCAUUAGUCCUGAGUCCCCAAGACCCCAGCUUCUCUGGACUACAAUCUGUCACAGGGAGAAGUAAAUGUGCCUCUUUACUCAAGGUGACAGAGACAGUGUGGCAGCUGGCUUGUACAAAAAUAAAAACUGAGGCCCUACAA